CCUGUGGUAUGCUCCAAUCAUCUUCGCUCCUCUCUCUCUCUCUGCACUGUCAGCCUCAGCGUUCCCCACGCCGGAGCGAGACACUGCUGCAAACGCAGAUCCAUACGUGCGUGUGUUUCGCGGGGAGCCAGACCGCCGAAAACAUUCAAGUGUGCGGAAGUGAGCGAGUCGGUCUGCGCGAGGGAUGCGCGUGUGAGCAUCGCCGCAGGAUUCCUUUAUUUUGCACGGAGGAGCAUGCGUGCAGACUGAGGGGCGGCAGCGAGGAUGCACGGUGGGCAGGUGUCGGCGUAAUCGGCGGAGUUUCUGGUGCGCUGUCGUUGUGCGGUCCGCCUUCCCCUUCCUCCACUUCGGUCGUCUUGUGAGGACGGGUAGCACCCUGCUGGGAUGUCCACCUCGCCUGGUGCAAGAGAGGGGAGCCAGAGGAACUCCUUGGAGCUGGAUGCAGAGCAUGCCCAGAGGGUCCCUGGGGCAGAACAAGGAGGUGCACCGCCACCCCAGGUGAAGCUGAAAGAGAGGCAGAAGUUCUUCGAGGAGGCUUUUCAGCAAGACAUGGAGCAGUACCUGUCCACCGGCUACCUGCAGAUCGCUGAGAGGAGAGAACCAAUAGGCAGCAUGUCGUCCAUGGAGGUGAACGUGGACAUGCUGGAGCAGAUGGACCUGAUGGACAUGUCCGACCACGAGGCCCUGGACGUGUUCCUGCACUCCGGGGGGGAGGACAACAGCGCUGCCUCGCCCGUCGCCGGUCCAGAUGUCGAGUCCUUCACAACAGAGAUCAGCCUCCAGGUCCCCACCCAGGCCGAACUACGACACAAGCUCUCCUCCCUGUCGUCCACCUGCACCGACUCGGCCAGCCAGGACACCGAGGCCGGGGAGGAGGACGAGGACGAGGAGGAGGAGGAGACGGAGCAUGGAGGAGGAGGAGGAGGAGGAGGAGGAGGAGGUGGUGGAGUUGGGGGAUCAGGAGGAGGAGGAGGAGGAGGAGUGGGAGGAGGAAGGCGGAGAAGGCCGCCGGUGGUAGUGACCCUGGAUGAAGAGGAGGUGCACCCUGACACAGCACUGGUGGACAGCGCGGAUCAAGUGGACCGGAUCAGCAAAGACUCUAAGGAAAGCAGGCCGAAGGUUUGAGCAGAGCUGGACUGAAUCGAAACACCCUCAGCCGCCAAAUCAAACUCAGACACACAACAGUAUUGGCUUAACUUCCUCGCAUCCAAAAAAAAAAACAUGAUAGAAGACACACUGAGGUUGCACUAACUGCCACAUGAACUUGCCUUAAAAGACCACUCAUGCGAGUUUUCAAUUCUAAUUGAAUCUUGUCAAACAGGUUCUCUUUUAGCAUAAAUGGCCCUGAACGGCUUAGCGUGGACAUUUUGAUUUUGAGGAUGCUUUAAAGUUCUGUCUUGUGUUUAGUUGCAUGUUGAGACUGGAAGAUGACACUGAUACAAUAAACAACGGGGACGUGAAAAUCAUUCGUCAGGUACUUCGGGGUAGUUUCCCGUCAUGCUCCAUGCUAACGCUUUAGCAUUUACAGUGCUAACCGACCGCAGCUCAUUUUACAGUGUUACACGUGUUGGACAUGGAUGGAGCUUUUACAGAGUGUAUGAUGGUGAUUUUAACUGCCGUAUUUUUGCCAAAAUUAAAAGCUCCAUUAGAAAUGAUUUCACUUUAAAAUCUUACCGUAGGAACAGAAAUAAAUUUGUAGACUUCUAUAAAAUCACCCAAAUGUUGCCAAAAAAAAAGUCUUUCUAACUUAUCUCCACAUGCAUCUAACGUAGCAAAUAGUUUUGGCUUUAUAUGCCAUGAUUUUCCAAUGUUGUCCCUGAAAUAGAGAGAGAAUGUGGAAUUCUGUUUUUGUGCUCAGAGCUUAGCUCUGAAACAUUUUGUUUCUUCUCUUCCAGGGUACAGAAUCCCAACUUGUUUGGAAACAUUCACAGAUCUCUCUCAGAAACUAUUUUGUAUAUCAUAAAACUUGGGCUGUUACUACGGGUGAAUACAGCAAAUGCUAAAUAAUUAGCAGAGAGCACAGAGCAAAAAGAUAAAUAUUUCAUAGCUUUACAUUUGCUUUUAUCCCCAGCCCCCCCAAAAAAGCAUUCCUUUUAGCUGGACUCUUACAAUGUAAACUACCAAAUAAAAAGUUCUUAGGUGCCAUUUGCAGUGAUAAACGUGGUGUAGAUGACACAGUGCGGUACAGCUAACACACUAGAGAAGUUCAGGUACAAUCAUAUAAAUGAUUUACCACAACACACACACAGGAGUCACCUGUUCUUUCGACCAUUAAUAUUUGGGUGAACUUCUUUUGAACGAGGACCAAAUCCCUGCUGUGGACUGUGCGCUGCGCACUGGACAAAGCUCAGAAGGUUUAACCGUAUCCAGACCUUUUUGUCAGGACUUGUUGACGUUUGUGCAAUGUGACAGCAUUACUCCUUCCUUUCUUUUUCCUUCUGUCUACAAUUUCUGACUUGUUGGUAAUAAAUGUUUCUCCCCCA